AUGAUCUAUGAAAGCAAUGGGAAAGAAACACAGGAGAAAGGGGAGAUGGAGAUAGAGAAACACUACUUAUUUCUGUAUGUACACUUACCUGGAUCAUAUACUGUGAGCCAGUAUGCAACCGUGAUACCGAAAGCCAUGACAAUGCCUGUUGUGUUCAGAGCCCAGUCUGUCGUGACACUCACCUGGCUUCCGCUCUGCGAUCAGCCUCCGGGUGAGGAGCCAUGCCCCGAGUAUGGCCUGCAUUGUACACACAGUAUACCCCCAGUUUGUGAGAUAUAUUGGCCACUUGCUGAUGUACUGCAGUCCAGAAUUCUUGGUGUUGCCGCCUGUAUCACAGAUGGAGAAGAUCAUCGUUGCCAGAAACAGAAUUGCGAGGAACCACCGGUCGGUGUAGCGAGCAGAGAUGGCUUCUUCUUCAGCUCUGAGGAGAGGGACAACAUCAAGUACUGGGCUGAUCAACUUGGUGAUGAGCUGUGGCAGCUGGGGCAGAGUGUUACCAAAGCAACGGAAAUGAAAGCACGCUACAAAAAGCUAAAUGUUCAAGUACGAGAGAAGGACGGGGAAGCCCUGCUAAUGGAAAUUGUGCACAAUGUUCAGAGGAUGUUGGAUCGCAAAAGGGAUGCUGUCAGAUGCAUUGUGAAUGCAGCUGAAGAUGCAGCAGAAUUCUUUAAUGGGACUGAUGCGCUGCACAACUACACAUUUUAUAGUGCCAAGAACUCGUAUGUUGUCGGAGACGUGACGGACGGCAAGGACGAUGAUGCGUACAAGCCUAUGGAGUUGGAUCCAAAUAAGAAUUUCUACAGCAUCCCUGUAAACCUGAACUAUAGUUCUGUGCAUGUACCUACCAACGUAUUUGACCGAGAUGGUCCAGUUUUGGACGCUAUUAAAUGGUCAGAAUCCUUGGAUGAUGUUUUCGUACAGAACUAUUUUAGUGAUCCUGGGUUAUCAUUUCAGUACUUCGGCAGUUCAAUAGGUCUCAUGCGCAGUUAUCCAGCCAUGAAGUGGAAACAAGAAGCAGACUUGUUUGAUUGCCGGAACAAAUUCUGGUACACUGAAGCGGCAACAUGCUCUAAAGAUGUUGUAAUCCUGAUCGACAACUCUGGAUCCAUGACUGGAUAUCGGAACACAAUUGCCAAGCUUACGGUCAGCAACAUUCUGGAUACGCUAAACAACAAUGACUUCGUUGCUGUGUACAACUAUUCAGGCAGGGCUGAAGAGGUUGUUUCGUGCUUCAAGGACAGGCUGGUUCAGGCUACCUUGGAAAAUGUGAGCACAUUGAAAGCUGCCCUUGAGGAUGUUAUGCCUGAAGGUUAUGCCAAUCUGACAAAUGCAUUUACUAAAGCUUUUAAAGUGCUAGAAAAGUAUCGAGAACUGAGAGGCUGCAGCAACUCCAGUGCUGGUUCACAGUGUAAUCAAGCAAUCAUGUUGGUGACAGAUGGAGUCACAGGGAACCACACUGAGGUUUUCAACACCUGGAACAGGGAGGCGAACAGCACACACAUUCCAGUACGUGUAUUCACCUUCUUAAUAGGACGGGAAGUGACGAAGGUGCGGGAGAUUCAGUGGAUGGCUUGUCUCAACAGAGGCUACUAUGUACAUAUCCACUCUAUGAAUGAAGUGCGAGAACAGGUGUUCAAGUAUAUUCCUGUGAUUGCACGGCCACUGGUACUGCAAGGAACGAUGCACCCUGUAACUUGGACACCUGCAUAUGCAGACACAGCCGACCCCACCUUAGCUGCGUGGCUGUGGGAUGUGAUGGAUACUGGAAGACGUAAGAAACAAUCUGAAUUUGCUGGCUCUAAAGAUCGGUAUUUGAGUCAUGGCAGAAAGGAUUAUAUUUACAUUAAGGACUCAAAUCAGGUAGUUGGUAAUAAAAAUGUGAAACUGCAGGAAUACCGCAUCAUCGUGUCCGUUGCCAUUCCAGCAUUUAACAGGAUGCUUAACAUCGAUGUAACAAAUGAGACUCUAUUAGCCGAUCUGUUGGGCGUUGCUGCGACAGAUAUUCCAAUCAAGGACAUUGAGAAACUCACAUAUAAGUACAAGAGUGGUGUUAAUGGUUAUGCAUUUAUUGUAACUAACAAUGGUUACAUUCUGCUUCAUCCAGACCUGAGACCAGUGUUUGAUGGUGUUCUCAAGGAGAAUUACAACAGUGUUGACCUUACAGAGGUUGAGUUUCUGGAUGAUUCAAAUGGCCCCCGAAUGUUGAAUCCAGAGAUUGAAGAGUUGAGGAAGGCAAUGGUGAACUAUUCGGAAGGCAAGAUGCUAAAGAAGAGAAUGAAGUUUCACUAUGAUAAUAUACGGAGAGUCGCUGUAGAGCAGAAGAACUUCUACUUUGCACCCCUGAAGGGAACUCCAUUCACAUUGGGACUGUCCCUCCCAGAUAAGUAUGGAAUGUACUACAUCAAAGCUGGAGAUGAGGUUCAGAAGAGCCGGCAUAAGAAAAUUCCUAUCAUCAAGUACCUACAGGGAGGUAGUUGGAGGAUUCAUCCUGACUGGACGUAUUGCAAGUACCACCAUCAGACGCAUGCAUUUGAAUUGCCUGAGGAUGAGAUGAGGCAUUUUCUUGAGAAAAUGCGAAGUCCUGAUUGGUUGUGGGCGGAGCAGUACGAAGAUACAGAAGAUGAAGACGAAGAGGUCAUGCUAAUGAUGGACAAUGGCACUGAAGCUGUUAACUGCAAUAGAAGACUAAAAGCUGAAGAUGAAUACUAUUGUGACAGAGAGCUCGUGCAGUUAUUCACAUUUGAUGCGAAAGUUACAGACCCAUUUUUCAGGGAAGAUGAAUUGACGUACUUUGAACAGGAGUUUGUGAACUUGUACAACGUUUCUUUGAAAUUUGUGUCAACUCAGAGUGGUCUUACUAGAUGGCUCCGCUUUCAGGAACGUACUGAAUUGGAUGAAGGUGACUCAGACUUCGGUGACCUUCAUAAGAAGUCCAUUGAAGAGCCUUAUUACAGGAGUGCAGUUCUGCAGCAUGGGAAUAAUCCAGACUCUUACGUAUUUUCAGUGCCGUUUGACGCUGGUCUGAGAGACAAUGCUGUUGUAAUGGCGAGUCAUGCCAUCUUUCCUCGCGAUGGUGGAAUGGAGGCAGCUGCAUCUGUAGUAGGCUUACAGUUCCAGCAUUCAGCAUUGUUUUCACGCUUCAUGAGUAUUACUUCUAAGACAAUGUGUCCGUCCUGCAGGGAUUGUGCAUCAGAGGAGCUGGACUGCUUUGUUAUUGACGACAGUGGUUACGUGGUUCUGGCAGAGGAUAAGAACCUUACAGGCCGAUUUUUUGGGGAGGUGGAAGGGGCUAUAAUGGAUUCUCUGAGGACUAGCAGUGCUGUUUUUAAGGAAGUUCCAAUUUUUGAUUACCAAGCCAUAUGUGUUGAUGAAGAAAUAGAAAUUAGCAAUGAUGCCAACUUCAUUCUCACUCCUUUCAAUCAGUUGAAGCUUCUGGUGCACUGGAUGUAUGGGCAGCUGUUGUGGCUGUUAUUUGAGAGUAAUUUGAGCCACAUCUGGUAUGGUAUCCAGUCUUCAGCAAGGCCCAUAUUUGAAGAAAGUUUUGAGUCGUAUGAGAUUGACAUCAAUGAGACGGAUGAGGUGAUUGAUGAAGAUGAAGAUGCCGGUCAAAGGAAGACUGAAGAGAUAUUCGAGGUCCCUCGGCUCUGUGACAACAAGAGAAACCUCUACGUCUUGCAGUAUGAGAAUCUCAAGAAGUAUGAAUACACAUAUGAUCAAUGCUCAAGGCCACACAUAGUACAAUAUAUUCCUCACACUAAUCUGGUGUUUGUUGUGAUAAAGUCCACAUUUGAGACAUGUUAUAAGAUGGUGAGCUCAUCAUCUGAAGAAAUUCUGUACAAUGGUACAGAUCAUCCAUGUCAGAAAGUGUUUCUGAAUGACCUGCCUCGCCGAAGGAUCUCAGGUUGUUUUUCAGAACACCCAUUGGAGCAUGACGUGAAGUUGUGUGGAGGCUGUCACAGUUUAAGGGCGAGGGCAUUGCUGUUUGUUGUGUCGUGGUGUGUGGUGUAUCUCGGAUGUAUCCAGUACCAUUAAAUGAAGCUCGACGUACCUUUCCAAGUUCCUAGGACUGUUUGAAAUAAAUUGGUCAAGAAUUUUUGAAGAAGUAUGAGAUGAGAAAGGGAAUUUUACACAGAAUUAAAAGCAUUUGUGACUUCUGUUAAUUUAUUAUUAUUACGAUCCUUUAUGUAAUUUUUAUUUGUGGUAUUUAAAAUUGCACUUAAUUUUGUUUGUAACAUGA